AUGAAAGGCAAUCCUAAUAGGUAAAAUUUUAAGGUGUCCUCUAGCUUUAAUUAGCAGAGACCUUCAACCACAUCGAAUUCUACAAAUAAUCAGAGCAGUAAAAAUCGCAAUCAAGAUGCGUUUCCCAAUAAGUAAAGAUUGCCCUCUGCAAAUCAAGAUGGAAGCAACGAUUACAUGAGAGGUUCUUAUGCUUCAAAUAAUCCACCACAAUAGUAGCAUUAAAAUUAUGCGAGCGGGAUAAGCAAUGGUUAUCAAUAAUAAAAUUAUGAUAAUCCUAAUCGUAAUUUCAAUAUCCAGGCUUAGUCAAAUAGUUAUAAUCAUUAUGGACUAGCCUCUCAUCAAAGAGACUCGCAUCACUCAGCAUUUACCUCAAUUGGUGCAAUGAAUACUAUAACCUAGCCUUCAGUGAGCAAUUACAGAGAUAUGAGAUCAUAGAGUCCAUUAGAUAACUAGAGCGCAAAUGUCAAGUCAAGGAGAUACAAAGAUUUCGAUCCAAAUACGAAUAAUCCAAAUAACAACAGAGACUUUUUAAUGAGUUCGACUGACAAUGUAAGUAAUUACUAUCAGGGAAGAUUCAAUAAUAAAAAUGAGCCUGCUUAUCUCAGAAGUUAAAAGCAAUCUAUAAUUAGUGCUGAGAGGUAAAGCUAUCAACAGCAUCCAAGUUUUAUAAACAAAGACUCUAUCCAAAUUGAUCAGUAGCCUGUUUACAUUCAGAAUUACAAUUCAAAUGGAUCAAAGAACAACAAGAACAUUUUAUCUCCGAAAACUUACAUCAAUGAUAGACGUGAGAUGAUCAAUAGCAAAAUCAAUCAUUAUCAAAGUGAAGAAACUCUUUAAGAUUAAAUUGAAGAUGAAAACUAUAACAUUGAUAUGCAAGAUAUUCUAAUGAAUCUACAUAGCAAAAUGAAGAGUUUAGAAAACAAGUACAUUGACCUUGCCAAUUUUUAUAAGAUGGGAGCAAUCAAGCAAAAGCAGUAAAGCAUUUUACAAGACACUAAAUCACCUAAUAAAGUUUUCAGUAAUACUGCUGAUAAUUUUUACACAAACCAAAGUAGCAAAUCACCCUUAAGACUGUAGAGUCAAGCUCUAAUUGCUUAGGAAGAACUUGAUACAGUUAAGGAGAAGAAUAUUAUAAGUGAAUUGCUGCAUGAAAAAUCUGAUCUUGAUAGAGAAUUAUAAAACAUAGUAAAACUAUAAAGCAAAUUUUAAAAGGUUGCUUCUGAUAAAAAUCAAGACUAAUUUGAUACUCUUGCUAGAGAUACAUACGAAUAAAGAUAGAUGAAUUAGAAUCCAUCGGGAAUCUUUCCUCAAGGCUUAGCUGAAGAGCAGGCUAAGGAAUUGUAAAACAACAUUCAAAAUACUCUUACAAAAUUUGAAAAUGAGUUCAUCUUGUAUAUCAAUUAGAACUACAAUUCAUUCACAGAAAAUGAUAUCUUAGGUUUGUUCGCUAAUUUGAAGCGUGAAAUAAUAAGUAUAAUUACAUCUUGCUUGAGAAACUCAAUAAAUCAAGAACUUAGGACCUAAAACUCUUAGCCUGUCCUCAGAGACAAUCAAACUUAGUAAUUACUCAUAAACUAUUAAAAAGAUUAAAAUGAGUUCGAAAUUAACCAAGAGUAUACAAUCCAAACAAUCAAAAAGUGUGUAUUUGAUCUACAAAACAAAUAAGACUUGGCUCUUCUUGAUCUUAAAAAAUCCUAGAUGCUCCUAUAAAACAUAACAAAAAGCUCACAUGAUUUGUGCAUUGCUACAAUGAGGUAGAAAGAAAUAGCAAGUGGAAAGGCUUUUUCAGGCUAAACUGCAUUUAUGAGUUCCCCUAGAAAUCUUGCAAUUACCACUGAUUAAUUAGCUACAGAAAUAUCCAGUCAUGUAAAAAUCCUAGGCUAGUCUUUCUAAUCUCUUAAUCAGAAGAUUCUGUCAGAGAGAGAGGAGCUAUAAAUGCUUGGUAGCAUUUAAGAUGAACUAAAUGCAAACCUAGGAAAUUUAAAGCGAAACUUUAGUAUCAUGAUUUCAUAAUUUGAUAAUCUGCAGCCAAUGACUCUGAACAGUGAACGUCUCUCAAGAAAGACAAGUAAUAAUGAUCUCUCUCAUAGGUAAGCAUAAAAAGAAUUGGAUGAGCUUAAGGCUUUAAAUGACAAUCUUUAAUAAGAACUGAGAAACGCAACAGAUAAACUUUAGAAAUUAUCGCAUGAGAAUCACAAUUUGGUAAAUGAAAGUUAAAAGAGAGGAAGCAUUUUAGUAGACAGAGAAAGAGAAAUAUCACCAAUAAGUGUGUCUAAUAUGAGGACAACUCAUUUCAGAAUGGAUUCAAUUGGAGCUUAAGCAUAGAUGAAUUAAACAGAUGGCUUCUAAUAAAGGAAUUAAGUGGAUAAAUUGAAAGAUUAAAAUAUGAGCUUAGAGAGACAAGUGAAAUCCUUGGCCAGAACACUUUAAGAAAAAAAUGACUAGAUUGACAGGUUAGGUACAGACCUAAAUAGCAUGUCACAAUUUUAGAAUUUGAAAACAAUUCAAAACUAAGAUAAAAAUCAGAAUGUCUCAUUAGAUCAACUUCAGUUUUAUCAGUAGUAUGCUGACAAUUAGUAACAGAAGCUAAGGCAAUUGAUUAGACAAACUUAGAAAUUCCUCUACUCAAUGAAGAAACUUCAGAAGGCAGUUCACAAGAAAGAACCAAAUGUGCAAAAAGAAAAAUCAGAGUUUGAAGAGUCUAGAAAAGAACUUGAAUAUAUGCUUAGAUAAAUGAAGAAAGACCUAGAUGAGAAUAUCACCACAAAGGAUGAUAAGCUAGAUAUGAGGCCAGGUUCAUUUGUUUAAACUGGCAGAUUCAACUAAAUAGCAGAGAGAAACCAUUCAGCUGAGAGGACUGAGGGAAAACCAAGUGCUAUUAACCCCCAUUACAAUCAAUCAAGGAACCCAGCUUCCAAUUAUCAAUAGCAAUCAUAGUACAAGAGAUUAAAUUAACAUUAAGUUCAAAAUGCCAAUGAUCAGAAUAGCAUGAUCACUUCUAUUAAUCCUAUAAGUGAUCUUUCCUACCAUAAGGAUAAAUCUCCAAUCCUACUCAGAUAAAAGGUACAACGACGAAAUGAAUAAAGAGAGUUGUUUAAAUCAAUUGAACCCUAUGAACGAAGGGUUAAUAACCUCCUAAUGACAUCGCUCUCACUAGAGAGAUAGCAAAGAUCACCUAGUGUAGGUGAUCCACCCAAUAAUGAUAGAUAUGGACUUAGUCUCAGUAGAUACUAAUCCCCUUCUGCAAAUCCCUCAGCUCAUUAGCAGGUGUAACAUGAUGUAGAUAUUCUUUCACAGUAGAUUAAAGAGCUAAGAUAAGAACGUGAGAUUAACAAUCAGAAGUUAAUCAAAAUAGAAAGAGACAAGGAUUCAUAUCAAUUGUAAAAGUCUUAGAUGGAGCAUGAAAUGGAUAGGUUACGAAGGAUUAUCGAAACUUUGAGAUAAGAAAACACUGAUCUUCAAGAAGAAAGAAGAAUUAUGAGAGAUGAUAUUUAGUAAGCUUAAUACUAGAUCAUGAAUAUGAAUAAUCAAUACACCUAGCCAAUUUACAACUCAUUAGGCCAAGAUAACUAAAUGAUUUAAGCUUUGGAGUAAAAGUUGAGAGCAACUGAAAAAGAGUUAAGAGACUAAAUGGAUAAAAGUGAGAGGCUUUUUGAAUAAGUCUAACUCAAUGAUAGAAUCACUGCUGAGUUUAAACGAACAGUUGGUUUCUUGGAAGAAAAUGUAGAGUCAGCAAAGAGGACCAUUAUGGAUUAGAAGGAAAGUAUUCAACAAAAAGAAAAGCAAGUAGAGGAAUACAAGUAGAGACUACAUCAAAUAAAGAAGCAAACAUCCAACGCUGGAGAUCAAAAGUAAAAAUAAGAAAAUAAUGAAAAACUCAUUCAAGAACUGGAGACUUAAAUAAUUGCCAACUUAAGUAAAUUUGAAGAAAUUGAUUUGCAGAUUAAGGAAAGAGAAUAAGAUAUUGGAAAGCUAAAGAGACUUUUGGAUAGAAAAUUGAAAGAACAAGAGAUUCAGUAAAUUAAUCUCCAAUAGGAAAAGAGCAGUAGCUAAAAGAUAUAAGCUUCCCAAUUAAACACGGAUAAAAUUGCAGAGCUCGAAAAUAAAGUAAUUUUGCAAACAAAAGAUCCUUAAAUUUUGGAUUCAGACGCUUAAAUUAAAUUAAUGAAAUCCUAAGCAGGAUAGCAUGAAAUAAACAUAGAAAACUUAAAAGAAAAAUAUGAAAAUAAACUGCAUUAACUUGGAUAAUAGCUAGAGGAAGAAAUGGAUUUGAUAAAAGAUUAAAAUCGAAUAGAAAUUGAGAAAAUAUAGAAAGCCCACAAGCAAGAUCUAGCAAAAUAACAAGCAACCUUGAAUAAUAAAAUGAAGCAGUAAUAGGAUUAGCAUAAUCAUGAGUCUCAAGAAAUGCAGUAGGAGCAUUAAGUAGCUCUCCAAGAAAAAUUAGCUCAAUUAGAGUAGUAGCUUAAGACUUAGCAUUAAAAAGGAAUAGAGGAGCUUUAAAGAUAGCUAAAGGAUAAGCAUGAUGCAUAAAUGAAAAAGAAGUAGGAUUAAUACGAAAAUAAAAUGCAAUAAGAAAUUGAGCGAUUAACUGAAUCAAUGAAAAAUGAUGAUCAAAUUGAGGUGCUUUAAUAGAUGCAUGCCUAGGAGAGAUAAUAAUGGACAAGUGAAAAGAGUAGAUUAGAAGGUUUGGUGAAAGAUGAAUAAAACAAGAUAAAAAAGGCAGUUUUAAGUAAAGAGGAGGAAAUAAAAUCUUUGAAAAAUUAACUGAUGCUUGAGUUAGAGGAACUUAGAUUGCAGCAGACUAAUAAUGAAGGACUAUUGUAAAAAGCAAUAGAUUCAAAAGAGUAGGUGAUUAAGCAAUUAAAUGAUAAAAUCAAGUCUCUACAAUCUGAAAAUGAAACUAAGCUUCAAGCAAAGACAUCUGAAAUAAAAUCUCUCAAGACUUAAUUGUAAUAGUUAGAGGAUUAAAACCAACAACUUGAAGAUUAGAUUAAUGAUCUUUAAAUUGCAAGAUAACAGUCUGAGCUUAAACUAAACCAAAGCAUAACAAACCAAGAUAAGAAUAUAAAAUAGCUUUAAAAAGAUUUAUAAGGCUAAAAAGAGUAGAAUUAAAAAGACCUUUUGAAUAAAGACAGUACUAUAGAUGAUCUUAAGCAAUAAGUUAUCGAUUUAGAGGAAUAAAUUAAGCACACUCAGACUAGUUUGAGCUCUCAAGAACAAUAACUAAUGUAAAAAAUAGAGCAGUUUAAACUAUAGAUUAAAGCAAAAGAUAGCUAGAUCUCAACACUAUAAACUAAUGUGACGGAACUUAACGAUAAAAUUAUAAGCCUAACCUAGGAUAUAAGCGACAAAGAUUUUCUUAUUUAGUAAAAGGACCAAUAGAUAUAGUAAAUAUAGCAAAACUUACAAAAGAAAAUAGAUAAACUUGAUCAGGAUAAUCAAGUGCUAAAGUAGCUAAGAACAGAUUAAGAAAAACAAAGUUAAGCCAAACUUGCAGACUUCUAGGAAUAAAUCGACUAAAAAGAAUAGCAAGUGGAGGAACUAAACGAGCUAUUAAAUGAUUAAAAAACUACUGAGUCUAGGCUUAAUAAAUAGAUUGAAAAUGCUAAACUUGACAAUGAAAAGAUAAGAAGUCAAGCAAACCAAGCAUAAGCAAGCUUAGAAAGCCAAAUAUCAAAAUUGAAAUUAGAAGUAUCUCAAAGAGAUGAAAUUAUUGAACAGAAAAUAAAAUAACUAGAAAAUCUUUAGAGUAGACUGUCUGAUCAUGAAAAAGAAACUGGAAUGGCAAAGAUUCUAAGAUAAUCCUUGCAGUAGUAGCUUGAUAAACAGUAAAAAGAACUUAAUGAGAAAGAAUUGAAAUAGGCUGAUAAGGAGUAGUAGAUUCUAAAUUAAUUAUAAGCUAAAGAUUAAGAAAUCUCAAAUCUAGAGUCAGAUUUAGAGCAAAAGGACAAGGAAUUGGGACAAAAAGAUAAAGAAAUAAUAUCAUUAUAGAAGGAUCUAAGAAUCAAAGAAAAAGAUUCUAAAUAACGAGACCAGUUUAUUAUGGAUAAGGACUAAGAAAUCUAGGACUAAGCAUAUGAAAUAGAAUAAUUAUAACAAGAAUUACAUAGCAAAGAUAGAGUAGUUAAAUAAAAAGAUCAAGAUCUAUAGUUAAAAGUUCAAGAGCUUUAACAAAGAGGAUAAGAUAUGGAGACACUUCAAGAAUAAAUAAAUGAAUUCGAAUAAUAGGUCGAAGAAUUAUCUCAAGCUAAUAACGAAUUCGAUAAGUAAAAUCAAAAGCUACAAGAUGAAAUCGAAAAGCUAUAGAGUAAUCAACAGAAUGAAAUAACACAGCUAAAUAGGCAUUCCUAGGAAUAAAUCUCUAAGAAAGACUAGUAGAUAAAAGAAUUGAUAAGUGAGAAAGAGAAACUUUAAAAUUAAGUUAAAGAAAUGGUAAAUUAGACAACCUUUGAGAAGUAAUCUUUAGAAGGAAAGUUACAGCAAUAGCUGAAUGAAACAAUGUCAUAACUCUAGGAUAAGGAGAAACAGAAUCAUGACCUUCAAAACCAAAUUCAAGAAUAUGAGAAUCUUAUCAGAUAAUAUGAAUAGAAUGAACAGGAUUUCUAACAGAAAAUCUAAGGUCUGCAAGAGGAAAAUUAUCAACUCCAGACUGAAUAUCAAGAAAAAGAAGAAUAUGAGAAAGAAAAAUAUAAUUAGAGUUUAGAAAGCAACCGAAAUGUUAUAUAAAUGCUAAAGACUGAGCUAUAAAAAGCUUUGGAUUAACAAAAAAAUUAAGAAAACUAGAAAAAUGAUUCUUUAUUAGAGAAGGAAACCUAAUUGAAUAAUUAGAUUCAAUAGUUAUAGUAGUAGAAUUUAAAUUUAAGAUAAGAGUUUGAUGAGAAAUCAAACGAGCAAAAGUAAUAAUUAGAAGGCUAUGAGCAAGAAAUUGCUAUGAAAAAUGAGUUGAUUGAAGAGUGUAAUAAACUUAUGGAGGAGUUCAAUGAUGAAAAACAUGAAAUUAAGGCAAAGUUCAAGCAUUUGGUUUAAGUCUUAGAUUCUGUUGACGAAGAGUCAUCCUACAAAGAAGAUGAUGAUAUUGACCUUGAAGAUUGCUUUGAGAAGUUUGAAAAAGAAUUUAUGAAGAGUAAACAGAGAAUGGAGAGCAGGAUGGAUUUACUAGAAAGAGAUAACUCUAUUCUAAGAUAGGAAGUUCAGAUGAGGAAUGAUGAACUGAAUCAGAUUCAAAUAAAAAUGGCAGAUCUUUAGGCUGAACUAAUGAAUGCGAUUAAUAAACAGGAUGCCAAUGACGUUGAAGUCAGAAAGAAGCUUGAUAAUGCUUAAAAGAAAAUCUAAAACUACAAAGAUAAGCUUGUUGAGAAAUAAAAAAUGAUUACUGAGUUAGAGCAAACAAUGAAAUAGCUUAUUGAAAUGAAUUAGAGAAAUUCACAAAAUUUGGAAACAAAUACUUUUAGCUAGCAGAAAGAAAAAACUGAUCUCAUUUCUAAAUUAUCAAUAGCUUAAUCAGAAUUAAUGAAGCUUAAAUAGAUUUAACAGUAAUAGUAGUAGGUCUAGGCAGCUAAAACUAUAGAAAAAGAAACCAUUGAGAGAGUUGAGUAAUUAGAGAUACAAGUCAUGUAAUUCAGGAAACUCAUUUUUAUGGCUAAAAAUCAAGUAAUUGAUGAGAUUAGUGAUACUUUUGCAAGAAAAAUAAAAGAUAUUCAAAAUACUUUUAACUCUGAAGAGGUUUUAAGGGCAAAGCUUUCAGAAAUGAAAACAAAUCAGCAAAUAGAUACCUUAAAUAGCAACAUUAAACUUAUCAAGUACUUUACAUUUGGUGCUAAGAGGUUACUAGUUGUAUAAGUUAUAAGUAAUAAUGAAUGCUAUGUGAUUGAUGAUUCCAAGUUGACUGAAACAGCCUUGAAUUAUCUAAAAUCAUAUCUACCAGGUGAUGAUAAAGAACUAGAUGAUACUUACAUUCACAUAGAUGAUGCUCAGCAGCAACUUCUAGAAUAACUUUAGGAGAAAUUAAGUGAAUUGAGAGCUUAAAGAAAUGAUCUUCAAGUGCAACUAAAAGAGAUCAAAGCUAAUCUGACAUCCGCAGGCUAGAUAGAUAAAAAGAAAGACCUUUAAUUCAUUCAACUUGAAGAUGAAGUAGUACUGUUAUCAAAAGAAGUUGCUGAGUUAAGAAUCAAAUAGGUAGAGCAUAGAAUUCUAGAAACUCAUUUGAGAUCAAGAACUAUCGAAUUAAAUGAGAUGAUUAAGGAACUAACAUAUCAUAGAGAUGCUGAAUCAGCUAAUAGAAAAGUAAUUAAGCUGAUGGAAGAAAAUGAGUCACUUCGAUAGCAAGUGUCAACUUAAUCCAAGAAGUUGCAUAAAAUUUCUUAAAAGCAAUAACUUACAAUAAAUGAUGAAGAUGAAUUAGUGGAGGAAGGAGACUUCUUCAAGGGAAUUGAAGUGGCUGAUAAUCUUGAGAAAUCCUAACAACCUGAGAACGAUGAUGUUAACUUGUUCGAUCAGUCAUCUCUAUAUGGAGUAAUUGAAGGGAUAAAUGAUGAAGAGCGAAAGUACCAAAACAUAUAAGACGAUAAAGUUAAAUAGCUUGAGAUUUAACUAGAGGAGAUUCAGAAGUAAAACCAAACUCUUCAAGGAGAAUUGCAAAGAAGUUAAUAAUAGAACUCAAGCAUAAAUGACAAAGCUUUAUUUGAAAAUGUCAAAGGCACUCUAAUCCCAUUCCUUAAGAACUGUCCCAUGACUGAUAAGAAUAAUGAAGUCAUACUUGAGAUUAUUUUUGAUAUGAUGGAGUUUACAGAAGCUUAGAUAGCUGAAGUUUAAGAUAUUAGAAAGAAAAACAGAUCUGGUAGUAUAAGUGCCAGUGGAACUGAAACUGAGGAAGAAGUUAAAAAGCAAACUAAAAAAGGAAUUUUUGGAAUGUUUAAAAAGAAAGAGGGAAGCACUACUAGAAAACCAGAGGAAGUAGUUAGCCCUAUAAGGCCAAUCCGCAGAUGA